AUGCGGUCACUAGCUGAAGCAAGAGAGUCAUGGCAAAGUCUGCGAAAACACGAAACAGUAGUCGACCUCAAGGAAGCUAUUCGCAGCGAGAAUGAGCCCGACUCACUGACCAAGUCCAGAUCGCUAUUGUGGAAGAUCUUUCUCUUGUUCGAGGGAUUCGAUCAUUCAGAAUGGCUCCAGCGAUCAGCAGAUUCUCGGUCGGCAUAUGCUUCUGUGCGCUCUCAUCUAUUGCGAGGACUUGAACACCCAGAAGAAGUCUUGGGUUCGAAUCUAGAUCCACUGAGUGAAGAUUCCGAGACCAUGUUAUUGGACGUCUUGUUUGUGUUUUGCAAGUUGAAUCCAGAUGUUGGAUACAGACAAGGCAUGCACGAACUGCUAGCUCCUAUUCUCUGGGUCGUCGAAAAGGACGCAGUGUCAAGCAAAGCUACAGAUGAUUCUAGCGCAGAGGACAAGAUGUUGUGUCAUGUCUUUGAUUCUGACUUUGUCGAGCAUGAUACCUUUACUCUGUUUGGUAUCGUCAUGCAAGGAGCAAAGUCUUUUUAUGAGCAAGCUGCACAUGCUGCGCCCUCGAAGCUANCCGCCUCACCAGCAAAGCCUGCAGCAACACUAGAGAACCCAAUUCUUACACGCNGCUGGAUUCGACUGUUAUUCGGUCGAGAGUUCGGAUUUGAUGAUGUCUUGAGCAUGUGGGAUGCCAUCUUUGCUGACGACCCUAGCCUUGAGAUUGUAGAUCUUGUUUGCUUGAACAUGCUUCUGAGAUUACACUGGGAACGANAGAUCCGAACGCAGAUGCCCGCACGAGCAUCAAGCAAUUUCGAAGACAUGCUGCAGGGAGCAGCUAAAGGCGUACUGCAGAGAAGCGAGAAGUGGGGCAUUAACAAGGCCUUCCGCGAUGCAAUGGACGAAAUGCUCAAGAAAGCCAUUGACGAUCUUUGGACAUAUCAUGAGACUGCUGUAGGAGGCAAAGCUUCAGAAGAAGACUCGUUAAAGAGCUUGAGUAUGGCGAUUGCAAAAGUGCAGUUCAUACAAGUCUAUCUCGAGGAUGCUUCUGUGCCACUAACUGUAGAAGAAGAUGCUACCGAGACAAGCAAAGAAGAAGCUAUCGAGGUGACAGAAGUUCCACCACAGGUCAAAGAACCUGCAAGUGCUCAAAUUGACAGCAAACCUGCCGCUCAAGACACGCAAGAGUCAACAGACACAAAAGCAGUCGAAGAAGCUCCUACAGAAUCUGCCGAUGCCCCAAAGCAAGAAACCGAAAAUCCAGCUCCAGCAAAGAUUACAAAAACAUCCGACAUUCCACUCGACUUCCACACACCAAGGCCCACACUAGCACAGUCGUCGUUUUCAUGGAUGCUAGGACAAUCUCCAGAGACAAACGCCAGCAGCUUUGCUCAAGCAAAAGGACUUGCACCUUCAGAUAUACGACGCCGAAGCAAGGGUUUCUUGUUUGGAGAUGACGAUGACGCUAGAGCUGGGAGUCCUGAGAAANAGAAAGACAGCAAGAGAGGCAAAGAUAGGAAGAAGCAGGUGAAGAAGGAGGUGCUCUUUGAGCAGGAGCCGGUCGAGGAAGAGUUCGAUCUUGGUGCUUUGGAAGAGGAGAAGAAGGCAGGAAAGGAGAGAGAAAAAACAGAAGCCAAUAAUAUCAAGAGCAAGUAA